AUGACAUCAUCUAACGACACAAAGUCCACAUCCGCCCCACAAAAAGACGAGACCCCCUCCAACCUCCUCAAUGACCCCUCACACAAACUGGAAGAUGCACCACCCAAGAUCAGUGACAAUACCGAUCCUGGCACCCCAGAAAAAAUCCAAUCGCCGGCUCAGAGAAUCUAUCAACGCGUAUUGUAUGUAAGAGCAGUCAUGGAUUAUCUGAAGCAAUCCGAUUCGGUCAGCGACUAUGAAAAGCAGACUAACCGUUUUGAAAUCCAAAUCGAGUCUCUAGAUGAGCAAUUAGUUCGCAUUCAGGAGCUCCGCGGAAGAACAUCGUCUCCCGAGUUGCGCGGCAAGUGUGAGGAGGCUAUUGCAACCACGGAAAAAUUCAAAGAUGUUCUUGAGACGGGAAAGAAGAUGUUGUGUUUAACUCUGAGGUCGAAGAAUGUGGAUUCUGAGAUCCAUCACUUAUUGGCCGAGAGUCAGUUGACGGUAGGUAAAAUAAGCCACUUGAAACGCAGACUUGAUGGGUUUGAAUUGGAGGGGGGUGAGCAGUGA